UUCAACCACCUGAAAGGGAUGCCGAGCCUUCCGAACCCUCAGUCGCUGUUCUUCCUGCCGUUAUUGGACCAACUGCGUGGCCUGUCGCACUGUUCCAACGCAGCGGCGAUGGCCGGUCAACAACAGCAGCAGCAGACUUCCACCACCACGGCGUCCACCAAUUGCAACGUCAUGCCGACAGCCGUGUGGUCCAACAACGGCAGACCACCGUCGACGUCGUCGGCCAGUCAGUGUUCCAUGCAACUGCAACAGGAACAGCAACAUACGCCGCCGCCUGCUCAGGCGCAGCAGCAACAACAGCUGCGACACCCGACGACGGCCGCCGACCCGGACGCGCCGCUGAACCUGACCAAGCGAAAGUCGCCUACGCCGCAGCCGCAUCCUCCGUCGUCGACGACGCCGCAACACCACCACCAGCAUCUCCAACAGCAGCAACAGCAACACCACCACCAGCAGCAGCAGCAACAGCAACAGCAACAGCAGCAACAGCAACAGCAGCAACACCAUCAUCUCCAGCAGCAGCAACAGCACCAGCAGCAGUUACAACACCAGCUGCAACAACAGGCCAACAACAUGUUCGCGCCUAGGAGUUCUGGCGGCGCCGGAUGGAACUCGUCUUCGUCUUCGCCGCCGGCCACCACGCCUGGCACUGCCAACAGGCGGUCCGGUUCCGGUCAGGGACUGGUCAGCCCGCCGGCCGCGGCCACGCCGAAACUCCUGCCGCCGCCCAUACCGGUGCCUAGAGGAUUCAUGCCGUACGCCGGCAUACCACCGCCUCCUCCGCCGCACCACUCGUCUGCCGGUGGCAAACUAAGCCUGUCGCCCGGCAAGGACAAGAUGUCACCUUACUCGGGAUUCCAACUGUGUCCUCCUCAGCUCCUCAGGGACGAACAUUCCGAAAACAUGGAUCUAUCUUGGGGACCCAGUGAUCCAAAUUUCAAACUCACCGACGACACAAGUGACAGAGGUCGCAUGAUACGGCAGCAGAAGAAAGACGGCGAGCACAUCAAGAGACCUAUGAACGCGUUCAUGGUUUGGGCCAAGGACGAGAGGCGAAAGAUCUUGAAAGCCUGUCCCGACAUGCACAAUUCGAACAUUUCGAAAAUAUUAGGUGGCAGGUGGAAGGCAAUGUCGAACGCGGACAAGCAGCCGUACUACGAGGAGCAGUCCAGACUGUCCAAGUUGCACAUGGAAAAGCACCCGGACUACCGGUAUCGACCCAGGCCGAAGCGGACGUGCAUCGUGGACGGCAAGAAGAUGAGGAUAUCCGAGUAUAAGACGCUGAUGCGACAGCGCCGGAACGAGAUGCGGCAGCUGUGGUACAGGGGCGAAGGGGCCGGUCCUUCCGGUUCCGGGCCGGACGUAGCCGGCACCAGUUUCGGGUAUCCACCAGACGGGUCCAUAUCGCCGGACCUGAUGUACUCUCCGGCAAACUCGCCGUCCUUUGGCGGCGACAGUCACGACGAGGACUAAGCGACGGCGGUGCAGUAAGCCGCUUGCACCACUGUCGCUAUCGUUCGCCUGGUGUACAGUGUUGUACCUACAAGAGCUUUGCGCGACGCCAUCGCGUUCGAGUCAUCGCCAUCGCCAUGAUGCGCAGCUACCGCGGUCAUCGGUGCAGGACACCACUGCUGCGCAGCUACCGAGGUUAUCGAUAUACUGCAGCUGCUCUGCCGAUCGACACCCACUAUUCCUCCACGCCACGUCCAAGUCGACCGGCGAAACAGGCCAGUAACCCCCACGACUACCAACAGUACCUGUAUUACACUAUAUAUAUGUAUAUAAUAUUAUAGUGCAGCGUUAGUAGACAUGGAAAUAGUCAAAAGUAAACCCCCUAAUCCUCAUGUGUAUGAACCAAUUUUUUUUUCUUAAUUACCGUGUACAGAAAAUUGUGUAAAUUAUUAUUAUUAUUUUUAUUAUUAUUAUUAUUAUUAUUAUUAUUAUGAUUUUCUAAUUAC